AUGAAGCUCCUGAACCUCAUUGCACUCUCCGUGAGCGCGUCGGUUUUCGUCGCGGCGGAUAUCGCUUGGGCCUCCAACGCGUCACCCGAGAAACUGAACUUCGAGUCCACCGAGGACCCGAAAAGUCAUGGUCGUGGUCGGUUGCGUGGACCAGCAGAAGAGCGCAUGGCUUCCCUGGAGCCACUCGCUGAGGGGACUACGCGCGUCGUGGGGGAAGUAUUGCCAAAGAUCGAGAGCAUUGGCAUGAGCGCCAACACAGUGGCGGAGAAGGUGGGCGGCCUCGCCGCUGGACGUGCAGCCGCAAAAAAGCGACUUAAGCGUAUGUAUGCGAGUAAUUGGCGACCGGGUUUUCUCAGAUGGUUCAAAGCGACUCAAAAGCGUGGAUCCAGCCGCAACCAAAGGCUUAGUCAAGAUCUACGUGCUGUUGUUCGACGUGAAAUCCAACAGCGUCUACUGGCGAAUGCAGUGACCGAUCUGGACCUCGCACGAGUCGAAGAGGAGAUAACUCAAAAGUUUAUGGCGGAGUUACGGGAGGCAGAGAUGGAAUCGAAAGCGUCAGCUGCUCGUAGACGCAACCGCCGAGUGACUCGAGAGGAAGGCACUACGACGUCUGUGGCGGCAAACGACGCCUAA